AUGUUACCAAUUAAAUUAUAUAGUUUUCCAACACCAAAUGGUGUUAAAAUCUCCAUCUUUCUUGAAGUUUUAGGUUUGAAAUAUGUACCAACCAAAGUCAACAUCCUCAAGAAUGAAUCAAAAUCAGAUUGGUUUGUCAAAUUGAAUCCAAAUGGUAGAAUUCCAACAAUUGAGGAUCCAAACACAGGUAUCACAUUAUCUCAAACUGGUGCAAUUUUACAAUAUUUAGCAGAUAAAUAUGAUACCGAUUUGAAAUAUUCUUAUAAAUUCGGAACACCAGAGUAUUAUAAAACUUUAGAGUAUUUAAUUUUUCAAGUUUCUGAAAAUGGUCCUAUUCAAGGUCAAGCUAAUCAUUUUAAAAUCUAUGCCAAAGAAAAAAUCCAAUAUGGUAUUGAUAGAUAUAUCACCGACGUAAAGAGAAUUUAUGGGGUUUAUGAAGAUAUCUUGAGUAGAAAUGCGGCAAAUGACUCAUUAUAUUUAGUUGGUGAUCAUUAUACAAUUGCUGAUUUUGCAUUAGUUGGUUGGGCUAAUUCUUUGAAAAAUUUAGAAAUUGAUAUUCAUCAAUGGCUUUUAUUAGGUAAAUGGUUUGAUAAAAUUAUAAAUUUACCCGAAGUUCAAAAAGGUUUAAAAAUUCCAGAAGUAUAA